AUGAAACUCGACUUUGAUUUCAACAAAAAAGGUGGAACACCACCGGAAACAAAACAACCAACUGAGAAAGAGACAGAAGAACAGCAUCAACAGCAGAGCAACUGUUCAUCGGCUACAAAUACGAACGAAUCAGAGUAUCCUGUGAUUGAGAACAAUCUCGGGAUGAAUUGGUAUCUUAUUGCAAAAAUGGGAAAUAUACAAUUUCUUUUGUCAUGUAUCGCCUCCGUCUCACUUCUUGCAACAAUGAGUAUCAUUGGGUUCUCGCUGUUACGUUUUACCUCAUCAGCUUGGACCACCUACCUCAUGUCAACCGCUUAUAUCGCAGUCAGAGCCGGAAGAUGGCGUUCAUAUCCGCAUGUGAUUGCGUAUUGUGGAAUGGUGAUGUUCCAGACGGUGAUUUACAUGAGUAGCCUAUGUUGGCUUGCUUAUUCACUAUAUGGAACUGAAUAUCAGCUUCAUACAAGUUUCCGUACAGAAGCGAUGUUCACAACGGCUAAUCCAAACGCUCUACUUGCACUGAUCGUUGUUGAGAUGGUAUCGUUGAUGGGUACGGUAUUUACUGGAGUAUUUGGAAUGAUCGCGUGCUGUCGUGGACUCGGAAAAAUGCUCCAUCAUAUGGAACAAUUGAUUUUGUCUGGACGAUACACCGCACCGGCUCCUCACAUCACAAUACGUUCUCUCUAA